AUGUAAACACAUCAUUUACUUGCUACUCUAAGAAUUGUAAAACCAACCUAAAAACAAUAAUUCUUGAAAAUUCUAUAAGAUCAUAACAUUCUUAAAUAUAACAAUGAAUAAAUUGAUUUAGCUUGGGAACAUUGUUAAUUUAAAGAAUAUAAAUAAGUCAUAGAUGUUUUAUAAUAACAAAGAAUGAGAAGUAUUUCAUUAAAUUCUCAAAAAAUUUAAACUAAAUUACAACCUUUAGUAUAAAUAUUCGAUAAAAUGGAUAAUAUUAGAAAAAGAGAAGGUGAUGAUAAAGAAAUUAAUAAAUAAUUGAAUACUUUGAAAUUUGAAGCUGAAAGGAAAUUAAAAGAUUUUAUAAAUGAAUCAUGUUUAGAUAGUAGUUUUACACAAGUUUUAUAAGAAAAGAUAAUUGAAUUUUAAGGAGAAAGAAAUAAAUUAAAUGAAGAAUAAGGUAAAGAAGGUAGUUAAAAAGCAUAAUAAAGAUUGAUUGAUCGUUAAAAACUUAAAUCUGAAAAAUUACAUCAAUAAAUUUAAUUUGUUCUACAUAAUGAUGAUAAUAAAGAAAGAGCAUAGGCAAUUUGUACAAAAUUGUUAAAUACAUCAAUUCCUAGAUAUAAAUCUACAUUAAAUGAUAAAUAAGAAUAAAGAAUAAAUAAAAUAAUGAAUACUAAGUUUUUAUUAUGA